GGCGACAGGCUUUGUCCCUUUGCUUCGCGCAAACAGAAUGGCAUCGAGGCAGAGGCGAUCAUGUCUGGGUCGAAAGAUCUGCGACAAUCACACAAUGCUUCAGCAACAGAAAGUCGUCAUUCCUCAACAAAGACCUGACGAUGGCGACGGGCUUGAAGUCGACAGGGUAUCGAGCAUGCUACCGAGCAGGGCAGUCAUCUCUCGCCCGGGCCGUCAAGCUAAUGAGAGGAACGAUUUUCACUUGCAUUUUCACUCUGCCUCGCUUCAUGCCUCACUCUUGCUUGAGCUUACAUGAUCGUUGCACGGCUUGCCACACGUGGUAGUACGCGUGCAGUGAGUAUACAGCUUGCAGAUUUAACGAAUGCAUUGCAUCAUUGACAUUGCCGCGG